AUGUUUCAGGAGCUCAUGUUUGGAGAGUCAUCUUCUCCGAUGAUGACGACAAGUGAGGAUAUGAUGACGCCUGGCAAGGAUUCUGGCCCUACCAUGAAUCGCAAUUCACGGAAUGGAAAGCACAUGAACCUUUACACAAAUAAUUUUAAUAAGCAAUUAAUUAAGAACAAUACUCCUCCGACUCUGAAUAGACCCAACCACAAUGAGGACGACGACGAGCAAGACAUACAGGAUACACCAUUAAGGGAUGAAAAUCCAUCAUCAUCCCCUUCAUCAUCGUCGGAAGUAUCAAACUCACUGCUUCAUUUAGGGAAACACCACCACACAUACCUUUUAACGCCUUCUCCGAUUUCUUCUUUGAUAGCAGGAGGUGGAGGACUCUCUCCCCGAGUUCCUCCUUCUACUACUACGAGCAGUAGUUCCUUAAUGGUCUUACAAACACCACAAGCGAAUGAUCCUAAACGACUCAAAAUGCAUCCAACUAUUGAUAUUCAAAUCAUUAAUCAAAAGCUGGAAAUUGUCAAGGAAGAAAUUCGUAAAGAGGUUGAGAAACGUCUUGAACAAAUGAAGAAGGAAUACCAAAAUGAAUUGCAUGCAAUACGAGAGCAAUUCUUGAGGAAUGAACAAGAGCUUGAGCGAGAACGAUUUGAAAAGAUGGAGUUGAAGAGCAAACUGGAAGCUCUGGAACAGCAGUUCAAAUUAUUGACCUCAGAGGGUGAAACACAAAGUCAAGACCAGACACCUCCUCAUGACUUUACACGACAUGAUAUCCAAUAUUUACACGAAACUCCUUUAAUCCCCAUUCAGAACUAUCAUGAGGCUGACUAUGAUCAAGACUCAGGGAAGGAACAUGAUAGCCACUCAAAUAGACAACAGUGUGUGUACCCAAAAUCCUCUUCACCCUCUCAAUCUCUCCAAGACAUUGAUCAACACAGUUUUCCCAGAAACAACCAAUUACACGAUGUCAAUACUUGUAAAACUUCUACGAACACCCUUAAUGUGGAUCAGUCCAUAACCAAACCAAUUGGUCCCCGAAUACGAGCUCAGGAUCUUAAUACUCUACCCCAAAACACUUUCCCAAUCGAAUCUUGUAAAAUCACCACCAACACCAGGAAUGAAGAAAGUACUAAUUGCUCUCAAGAGAAAUCACCACAAUCACAUGAACAGAAAAUAUCACCCUCUCAACAACCAUCGAAUAAGCAGAAGGAAUUUAAAGAAGUGAAAGGAAUUUACCAAUACACAACCAUUCUUCAGAAUUUUCAUUUAAGGAAGGGAGAAGAACAUGUUCCAAAAAAGAAAAAGAACUCCUCCAAUCAUUCAGGAAACAACACGUUACGGAAAGAUGGUACACGAAAAUCACAACCCUCCACUCCCCAAUUGUCAUUGAAGGAACGAGUCACUGCAUGGCAUGCAAGCGAGAAAGAAAAGGAAGAAAAAUUUUUCAAGCAAAAAGAAUUGUUGGAUAUUUACUUCUCCUCCAAGAUGAAAGGAACACCUUCAUGUGAGCGUUUGAAAAAUGUUGUCAUUCAUACCUAUGACAUGUGGAACAAUUUGUUCAUUUCAUACAAUGAGAGAGAACGCUUUUUAGAUGAGCACGUGUUGAGGCCCAUCAGCCUCGCUGGUAAGAAGUCAGACAACAGUCGAUGGAUUUUAACCGACGAGUAUAUUUCAAGCAUGUUGAGUGCUUUUCUUAAUGAAUACAACAAGCUGGCAAGCUAUUUCCAACAACAUGGUCACCUGUUCAAGCUCAUCAACGAGAGAGAAAGAAUGAAAGCAAGAAUGGACCAUUUGUGGCACCAAACAGAUGGGAUCCUUUCCACCAAAGAGUACAUGGAUCUUGGUAGCCGAUUGAAAAAACUGAAUCAUGACUUGAUGAAAACUCUUAGCGAUUAUGAAAAAACCAAUGCCAAUCCAUUUCUCUUUCGAGGUUUUCGAUACUUAGAUCUGAUACAACACGACCAACUUGUACAACAAGAAGAAAUUGAAGAAAUGGAGAAGAAGGCUCUCCAAAACAGAAUCAAGCGAUCCAUUCAAUAA